AUGGCAACGGCAGAUUUACUGUUCAUUCUCGUGAAUGUCAUACUGUGGCAACUCAAGAUCAUUUAUUUCCCAACGAAUUUCCUGGACCUCACCCCUGUUUGCAGUUUUAUCUUUGUUCUGAUUCAUGUAACCACAGACUGCUCCGUCUGGUUCACUGUCCUUUUCUCCUUUGAUCGUUUUGUUGUCAUUUGCUGUCAGAAACUGAAGAGAAAAUAUUGGACAGACAAAACCUUGGCUGUGACCCUAGCUACAAUUGGUAUUCUGCUCUGUUCAAAAAACAUUCCCUUCUAUUUCUUGUUUCAACCUGAGUGGAUAGUUGACAAUGUUCCGUGGGGCUGCCAAGUAAAGUCAAGUUUUUUUACUGAUCCCAGGUGGCUGGGAUUUAACUGGUUUGACAACGUUUUAACACCUUUCAUUCCACUGGUCUUAAUUCUGUUAAUGAACACUCUGACAGUCAGGCACAUCGUCGUGGUUAGUCGAGUCCGGAAGGCACUCAAGGGUCCAAGUACGGGAGAGAGUCACAAAGAUGCAGAGAUGGAGAGCCGAAGGAAGUCAAUGAUUACCCUGUUCACCAUAUCCACCAGCUUCAUACUUCUGUGGAUAGUGUACGUAACAAGUUUCUUAUAUAACUUCAUUAAUGGAACAACUUUAACUGUUUUUGCACCAAUCGGAUACCUCAUCAAGGAUUUCAGCUGCAGCACAAACACAUUAUUUUAUGCAGUGACUCUGUCCAAGUUUCGAGCAAAGUUCAAGAACGCCGUGCACCAACUGGUCACAUAA